AUGCCGCCCGCCACGCAGACCUUCAAGACGCCCGACGGCGCCCAGCUCGCCUUCCGCGUGCACGGCCCCGAGCAUGUGGGCUCGGUGCGCCCGCUCGUGCUCAUCAUGGGCAUGUCCGGCGUCAUGGAGGACUGGUCGCCGCUCGUCGAGGCGCUCGCCGUGAGCCGGCCCGUGCUCAUCUCGGACCACCGCGCCAUCGGCGCCUCGCUGGCGCCGCCCGAGUGGGACAUGGACCUCUCGCACGAGGGCAUGGCGCUCGACGUGCUCCACCUCGUCGCCUCGCUCGGCAAGGCGUGGCGCUCCGUCGACAUGCUCGGCUGGUCGAUGGGCGGCCACAUCCUGCAGGUGCUCCUGACGCUGCCGUCGGCCAAGGAGGCCAAGCAGGGCGGGCUUGACGUCGAGGGCAUCCAUGUGGCGCACGCCAUCCUCACUGGCACCAUGACCAAAUUGCCGCGAGGAGACUUCCACCCGGACAUGAUCGCCGAGGCAGCUGCCAAGGCGCCAAAGGACCAGCGCAAGCGCAUCAUGUCGCAGAUGUUGAUGGAGUACCAGUACUUCCCGGAGUGGCUGCAGUCUUCGCAAGACAACCGCGACCUGGUGCGCCGGCGAGUGGACGUCUCGCUGGCGACCAAGCGGCCGCAGGAGAUCAUCGGCCUGCAGAUCAUGGCCAUCUCCAACGUCGACACGCGGCCGGAGCUGCAUCGCAUCCCGCGCAGCCUGCCCGUGCUCGUCAUUCACGGGCUGCGCGACCGCAUGGUCGCGUAUCCCGAGAGUGAGGUGCUCAUGGAGCACAUCAAGCACGCCAAGCGCCUGCAGACGCCGACAGACCAGAUCGGACACUUCUGGUUCGACUUCCUUCCCGGCAAAUACUGGCGCGAGUCGAUCGACGAGUUUCUCCAGCAGCAGGGCACGCCGGGCGCGGCCAAGCUGUAG